UCAUGGUUCUUGUCAUGUUCUUGUUAUGUCGGCUGCUAAAAAGUCUUUAUUGUGCAUUCAGCCGGAUUAACACGCUGUGUACUUUGUAUUUUCUUAACUUUUGUUGUUAGAAUCAGUUGACAAAAGUAAAGCAUCAUGACCGGUACUGUUGCUGAAUCGACAUCGCGUUUAUUAUCAUUAGCUAAAAAAUGCAAUUGCUUCUACUUGUCAGGAUUCCAUUCAGGUGAAUGCAGAGCAUUUGUCGUCGAUGGACAACAAGUGGGACUUGUGAGGCCGGAUGUGAUGAAAGAACUUUUAAAAUAUCCCCAGGUGUUUCAAGUUCAACCAGAAUACGUUCAACUGAAUCCUGCCUUUAGAGAUUAUACAGAACGAAGUGAAAGGGUUGAUCAAGUUUUAAGGAAAUGGAAGGAAGGAGGAAAAUUCGUCACUCUACGAGGUUGGCGGGAAGAAUACUACGAUGUUCGAACUCAAUUUAACACUCCGCCUUUAUUUAAAAUGGAUCGAUCAGCAACUUGUUUAUUUGGAAUUCGAAAAUACGGCGUAGACAUCAAUGGAUACGUGAUGGAUCCAGUGAAAGGACUUUCAAUUUGGGUACAAAAACGAAGCUCAACUAAACAAACGUGGCCAAGUUAUUGGGAUAAUUUUGUCAGCGGUGGUUUAAGUGUUGGUUUUGGAAUUCACGAGACUGCUGUGAAGGAGGCUGGCGAGGAAGCGGGAAUUCCAAAAAAUUUAAUUUCCAAACUCAAGAGUGCCGGAUGUGUUUCUGUAUUUUUUGAAUGUGAACGAGGAUUAUUUCCCAAUACAGAAUUUAUUUACGAUUUGGAAUUGCCACUUGAUUUUAAGCCAAAAAAUGGUGACGGCGAAGUUGAAACAUUUGAAUUAUUACCAGUUCAAGAAUGCCUCGAACUUGUUCUCUCGCCGAAAUUUAAAACAACUUCGGUUCCAGUUGCUUUGGACUUUAUGAUUAGACACGGAUUUAUAACAUCGGAAAAUGAGCCGAAUUUCAUUCAAGUUGUUGAACUGUUACACGUACCAUUGCAGACGAUGUUUAAUCAACCUCAAAGGAAAUAUAAAAUAGCUGCCAAUGGUGAGGCAAAUGAUGCGAUAGAACGAGUUUAAAAUGAAAAUAGGUACUAAUUUCAAAAAGAAAGAAAAAUUAAAAAGUAGGCUACCUUAUGGCUGCGAAUUUGGAUAAAAAAAAAAAAAUGCCAAAAUUUCAGUUCUUGAAUUGAGAGUUUAAUAGAUAGCAUUUUUCAUUUUUCAAUUUAUUCGUUCAAGUUUUUCUAUUGCGGGACGUAAGAAUGUAGUUUUUGCAAUUUUUUACAAAGUCAAAAGAGAAGGCGGUAAAAAUACUCAUUUUACGAAUGAAAACUUUUUUUUUCUAGAAGAGUUUUUCAUUAGAGUAUAAAUUUAUUAAUAUUCUAAUCUAUUUCAUUUUAGUUUUUAAGUAAUUUCGCACAAAAGUAUUCAAUUUUUUUAUUAUAUACUCUCCGAGCGCUUCCAGCUUUUAGAGACGAAAAAUAAAAAAAAAAGCCACUCGUUUAAUUCUAACGCACUUUUAAGAAAAAAUCCGUUUUUAAAUUAUUUUUAUUAAAUUUAUAGUAAAAUUCCUAAUUUUAUUAAAUGGUGUAGGUAACUGUUAUUUCCAAAAAAAGUAAGAACGGAAUCUUGCUAUAUACAAAAUAUGACAGCAUACAGAACUGAAAGUGAAUUUUGUUAAAUUAGAAUGAAUUUUAGAUGUUUUAUUAUCAUUUACGAAAAUCGUUUAAAUUGAGUGUUUUAUAAUAUGAAAUAUUUUCUCAAUCGCAAAAAUAUUCGGUGUAGAAUUUUUUGCCAAAUAUUAGAAAGAAAAGUAAUAACAUGUUAGAAUAUCAAAAUUGUAGAGAAAGAGUUGCCUAAAUGUGAAUAUUUCGGAGUAUUUACAGAUAUUUCCUAUUUAUUGUGAUUUUAUUAAUUUACCGAUAAUCAAAUUUUUUUUACAUUAA